AUGUUAUUUGCAGUAGAAGGUGGAGGAUUCUUCUCUGCUUCGGCUUCAGGGUAUAGCAAGGGCAUGAGCCUACUCCUUUUGGGACAGAGGAAUGAGGAUAAACCCAUGAGAGUUGCACCCUGGAACCAGUACCAGUUGGUAGACCAAGAACCUGACCCUGAACUCCAGCUGGCUUCCACAAAGAAUCGCCUUUCCCGCGGGUGUGCCUCCUUUGUUUGCUUUGGUCGCACUUCCGCAGGGCUUGAUACUCCAUCACCUCUUAAAGUUGGCCCUGCCCAACAGCAUGAUGUUUCACCAGGGCUACCGGUUUCUAACGAUGAAAAGGAUCCCUCUGCUCAUGUAGAUGACACUAAUGAUGGUAUAAAGGUCACACUUAAAAGUAGCAUUAAAAGGCCACAAAGUAAUAAAUCAGUUUCUGUUGAGGAUACUAAUGAACAAGAAGCAUCAGGUGGACAUGGAGCUUGUAAUCCUUGUGAUCAAACAGAAAGAAGAAGAGUGCAGUGGACAGAUGCUUGUGGUAGCGAGCUUGUUGAAAUACGAGAAUUUGAACCCAGUGAAGUCGAUGGAUCAGAUGAUGAAUAUGAUCAUGGAAAUGACAGAACUUGUUCCUGUUCGAUAAUGUAA